AUGAAGAUGAAAAAUGACGAAGAUGAUGAAGAGGAUUUGAAUGGUGCCUCUAAUGUUUCAAAAAGCCGGGUUUCUCAGGAAAACACUGAUGGUGAUGGCAUAUGCCACAAAUCAGGAAAACCAACUCAGAGUUUAGCUGCAAAUGAAAGCAAUGAAACAGGAAAAUCCAGUAAAUUAGGAGAGCAAAGAGAUGGAAAGUUAUCUUUUUCUAAUUCAGUUUCAGAUAUGGGAGUCUAUGGCUGUUGCGUGGUUCCUUCAUCGUCUUUGAGACCACUAUUUGAAGUUGCUAUAAGACCAUCGAGGGCACAAUUGGACAGAAGACAGGCUUGGCGUGCAUUUGUAAAAUCUGCUCAGACUAUAUAUGAGAUGAUUCAGGCAACAAUUACGCUGGAAGAUAUGAUUAAGACGGAAUUCUUAAGGAAUGACUGGUGGUACUGGUCAUCAUUCUCAGCUGCUGCCAAAUCUUCUACUUUGCCUUCCCUUGCUCUUCGAAUAUACUCUCUUGAUUCUGCCAUUAUGUAUGAGAAAAUGCACAAUUCAAGUUUAACUGACAGCUCUGAUCCUCCUGCCGUAGCAGAAUAG